GCGCUAGAGGGCUGAAGUACCGUAGUGACGAACCGUAAGGUUCAUCACUGAUCACUGGGUUUAAGGUUACCACGUGGUUAUGUACAUUCUCCCGAGUAUAUUGAGUAUCGACCGAUUAUUUGUUUUUUUAAUCUUAUGAAAGUUGCUAAUGAUCUUGUUUGACCAUAAAGACGCUUUAGACCUAUUUCAAAACAACCACCAAAGAUGUCUUCUUGGAAGAAAGCUUCAAAAGCGAAUCAAAAGAUUCAUAGAGAGCGUCACCAGCCUGAGAGUCGGGCCCAUUUAGGAUUGCUCGAAAAGAAAAAAGAUUAUAUAAGACGAGCCAAGGACUUUCAUCAAAAAGAAAAAGUCCUCAAAAAAUUGAAAAGACACGCUUUGGACAGGAAUCCUGAUGAAUUUUACUACCAUAUGAUCAACUCGAAGCUAAAAGAUGGAAAGCACGUGGAGAAGAAAGCGCCCGAGAGCGAGGAUACCAAACAGCAGAUGUUACUCAUGGAAAACAAGAGUAUCAACUAUGUCAAUAUGAAGAGGACGAUAGAACGGAAGAAAAUUGACAGAUUACAAGCCGGUUUGCACCUGGUCGACAUCGCGAGCAACAUGUCCUCUAGGCGACACGUGAAGUUUGACGCUGAUGGUAACGAACUGCCCGUCGAUGAAAGUCACGAAUCGUCCUCUGAGCGCCAACGAGAACAAAUCGCAAAAAUGCCACUGCAUAAAAUAGAUGAAAAAGCAAUUGAAAGGUUGCACAAAUUGAAAAUGAUAGAGUACAAUAAGCUCGCGAGGCGAAUCGACAGGCAUAAGCAACUGUCGAUAAUUCAAGAAAAGAUGGAGGUUCAGAGAGCUUUGAAGAAGCCGAGCUAUGAAAAGCCAAAACUAGUAAAACAAGGAACUAAAGAUGAAGCACCGAUUUACAAAUGGAAAUAUGAAAGAAAAAGAUAAAACACAAUCAAUUAUUGAUAUUUUUGUUUUUAUGUCCUGUAAAUAAAUUAUAUUUAACGCUUCCAAACGUAUCAAACUUUUACAUUAAAUCUACCUAUUCAUCAUUUUUAUCCAGUAACAUGUUGAGCUUACAAGAAGCAUUU